CGGCCCCCGCCGCCCAGCGCCGAGCCGGGGCUGCCCCGGGGCCGCGGGGGCCCGGCCAGACGCCGAGCGCCGCCAGGGCAGCCGCACCUGAGCCCCCAGUGCCGGCCAAGCCUGGGCGCCGGAAGCGCGGGCGGAGGGGACCGGCCCCCCGAGCUGACCGAGCCUGCGGGGGGGCGGGGGGGGGGUACCAGAGCCGCGAACGACUGAACACGUGCCGCCCCUGGCCGGCGGGGGCGAGGACCUGCAGAGUCUGGCCCCUCCACCCACCCUCCCACCUCCGCCCGCUGGAGCGCGCAGCACCAGCUGCCUCCACCUUCUGGCUCUAACUUCCUUCAACUUCUCUGUGAGGAGGAACCUGCCGCCCCGCCCGCGCCCCGGCCGCCGCGACCCGCACUUGAACUCCGCAGCGCGACCUUCCACCUUGCGCAGCCCGGUGCGCGGGCGAGGAGCGGCUUCGGGGAGCCCCAAGGCACUGGCCAGAAAGAGCGUGAACGAGGGCGGGACCGCAGCGCUCGGCCCGGGCGCCAGGGGUCCCCUUUGGGGAACUGGGAGCAGCAGAGCCCGGAGAAGACUGGGGAGGAUGACCGUUCGGCACUUGGGGAACUCAGCGCAGUAAUGCCAACAUGGAGAGGUAAACCUCACAUUUGGGCGGUGUAAAGCAUAAUAAAAAGGGCAGGGCUUCAAGAAUGGGCAAAGCGUGUUUUCGAUUCAAAUUAAACAAGGAGUAACAGGCCAGGUUCCUCCAUCCUGGGGCCUUGCCCAGCCAAGAAAGGGCUCUCCUGGAUCAACACCUGGAGGCUUGGAAGGAUGUUCCACUGGGGUCGCAUGUGGAGCUGCCGCUGGAAGUGGAAGCCAGGCCCCCUCUUGUUCUUACUUGCUUUCUCUGUUGUCUGUGUUCCUCGCUCAGUGUGGGGAUGUGCCAACUGCAGGCUCGUGCUGUCCAACCCUUCUGGGACCUUCACUUCUCCGUGCUACCCGAAUGACUACCCUAACGUCCAGUCUUGCAUGUGGACCCUCCGGGCCCCCACCGGCUACAUCAUUCAGAUAACGUUCAAUGACUUUGACAUUGAAGAAGCUCCCAAUUGCAUUUAUGACUAUUUAUCCCUGGAUAAUGGAGAAAGCCAGACUAAAUUUUGUGGAGCAACGGCCAAAGGCCUAUCAUUUAACUCAAGUGUGAAUGAGAUGCAUGUGUCCUUUUCAAGUGACUUUAGCAUCCAGAAGAAAGGUUUCAAUGCCAGCUACAUCCGAGUUGCUGUGUCCCUAAGGAAUCAAAAGGUUGUUUUACCCCAGACAUUAGAUACGUACCAGGUAUCCACUGCAAAAAGUGUCUCCAUUCCGGAGCUCAGUGCUUUCACACUCUGUUUUGAAGCAAACAAAAUUGGCAAGGAAGACGGCGAAUGGAUGGCUUUCUCCUACUCAAACGCAUCCUUCACACAGUUACUCAGCUUUGGAAAGGCCAAGAAUGGCUACUUUCUAACUCUGUCUGGCUCACAAUGCUUGCUAAACAGUGCAUUACCUGUAAAGGAUAAAGAAGACAUUUUCACAGAAAGCUUUGAGCAGCUUUGCAUUGUUUGGAAUAAUUCUUUGGGAUCUGUGGGUGUAAGUUUCAAAAGAAAUUACGAAGCAGUUCCAUGUAAUUCUACCAUCAAUAAAGUUAUUUUUGGGAAUGGGAAAUUGUUGUUGGGCUCCGAUCAAAUUGAAUUUGCCUCUCUAAAAGGGGACAUUUAUAACUUUCGACUUUGGAAUUUCACCAUGGACUCCAAAACGCUCUCCAACCUCAGCUGUAAUGUGAAGGGGAAUGUGGUCGACUGGCAGAACGACUUUUGGAAUAUCCCGACGGCAGCUCUGAAAGCCGAAGGCAACCUGAGCUGUGGUUCCUACCUGGUCCCGCUGCCAGCAGCAGAACUGGCCAGCUGUGCGGACCUGGGGACCCUCUGCCAAGCAGCUACUGUAAACUCUCCUAGUGCUACACCACCUACUGUCACCACUAACAUGCCUGUUACUAAUAGAAUCCAUAAACAAAGGAAUGAUGGAAUUAUCUAUAGAAUUUCCUUAGUGAUUCAAAACAUCCUUCGUCACCCUGAGGUAAAAGUACAGAGCAAGGUGGCAGAAUGGCUCAAUUCAACCUUCCAAAACUGGAACUACACUGUUUAUGUAGUUAAUAUCAGUUUUCACCGGAAUGUGGAAGAGGACAAGAUUAAAGUCAGGAGAAGCAUAGUGAAUGAUCAAAGGUUGGCGAUUUGGGCCCUUCUAGUCUACAAUGCUACCAACAAUCACAAUUUAGAUGGAAAAGUCAUUCAGCAGAAGCUCUUAAAAAACAAUGGGUCCCUGGAUGAGGACCUGAGGCUGUACACAGUGAAAGUGAGGCAACUGGGUGUUUGUCCUGAAGAUGAGAAUCCCAAAGGCUAUAUCUGGCCAGCCAUCCUGCCUUCUGAAUACAGCCUUCCUUGUCCAGGGAAGCAGGGUGUUUCUGCCUCACGGAUAUGUAACCACGACCCUUCUAAUGCAUCUUUAGCCUUCUGGGGGCCUCCUGAUGUCUCCAAUUGUUCACGGGAAGCAAAUGAAGUUGCCAAUCAGAUUUUAAAUUUAACUGGUGAUGGGCAGAACUUAAACUCAGCCAAUAUUACCAGCAUUGUAGAACAGGUCAAAAGGAUCGUGAAUAAAGAAGAAAACAUUGAUAUAACUCUUGGCUCAACUUUAAUGAAUAUAUUUUCUAAUAUCUUAACCAGUUCAGACAGUGACUUGCUUGAAUCUUCUUCUGAAGCUUUAAAAACCAUUGAUGAAUUGGCUUUCAAGAUAGACCUAAAUAGCACAUCACGUGUCAAUAUUGCAACUCGGAAUUUGGCUCUUGGCAUAUCAUCCUUAUCUCCAGAGACUAGUGAAGUUUUAAAUUUUAGCAUCAGUCUUCCAACAAAUAAUGAAUCAUAUUUCCAGAUGUAUUUUGAGAGUGGACAUGAAGAUCCAUUGGCGUCUGUAAUUUUGCCUGCAAACAUACUUGAGAACUUAAGCCAAGAAUCUUCUGCAGCAGUGAAAAGAGCUCAGUUUACUUUCUUCAAUAAAACUGGACUUUUCCAGGAUGUAGAGACCAAGAGAGUCACCUUAGUAAGUUAUGUGAUGGCAUGCAGUAUCGGAAACAUUACCAUCCAGAAUUUGAAGGCUCCGGUUCAAAUUAAAAUCAAACAUACAAGAAACCAGACAGUGCGGGAUCCAGUCUGUGCCUUCUGGGAUCUGAACAAGAAUGAAGGUUCUGGAUUUUGGAACACGUCGGGCUGUGUUGUUGCAGACAGAGAUCUGAACGCGGGCGAGACGGUCUGCCUAUGCAACCACCUCACACACUUUGGAGUUCUGAUGGACCUCGCAGGAACGGCCUCACAGAUAGACGCGAGAAACACGAAAGUCCUCACCUUCAUCACCUACAUUGGGUGUGGAAUAUCAGCUAUUUUUUCAGCAGCUACUCUCCUGACAUAUGUUGCUUUUGAAAAACUGCGGAGGGAUUAUCCCUCUAAAAUCUUGAUGAACCUGAGCACGGCGCUGCUGUUCCUGAACCUCAGCUUCCUCCUGGACGGCUGGGUGGCCUCGUUUCAGGUGGAGGGCCUCUGCAUCGCCAUCGCGGCCCUGCUGCACUUCUUCCUCCUCGCCACCUUUACCUGGAUGGGGCUGGAAGCCAUUCACAUGUACAUCGCUCUGGUGAAGGUAUUCAACACGUACAUCCGCCGCUACAUACUGAAAUUCUGCAUCAUUGGCUGGGGUUUACCCGCCUUCAUUGUGUCAGUCGUUCUAGCAAGCAAAAACCAAAACGAAGUCUAUGGGAAAAAAAGUUAUGGAAAAGAACAAGAUGAUGAAUUCUGUUGGAUUCAGGAUCCAGUGGUAUUCUACGUGAGCUGCGCUGGGUAUUUCGGAGUCAUGUUUUUCCUGAACGUGGCCAUGUUCAUCGUGGUGAUGGUGCAGAUCUGCGGGAGGAACGGCAAGCGGAGCAACCGGACACUGCGGGAGGAGGUGCUGCGGAACCUGCGCAGUGUGGUCAGCCUGACGUUCCUGCUGGGCAUGACGUGGGGUUUUGCUUUCUUUGCCUGGGGGCCCUUGCAGGUCCCUUUCAUGUACCUCUUCUCCAUCUUCAACUCACUACAAGGCUUGUUUAUAUUUAUUUUCCACUGUGCCAUGAAGGAGAACGUUCAGAAACAGUGGAGGCGGCAUCUCUGCUGCGGGAGAUUUCGGCUAGCGGACAACUCGGACUGGAGUAAGACAGCUACCAACACCAUCAAGAAAAGCUCUGAUAAUCUAGGAAAAUCAUUGUCCUCAAGCUCCAUUGGUUCCAACUCAACCUACCUUACAUCCAAAUCGAAAUCCAGCGGUCCCACCUACUACAAGAGGAACAGUCACACAGACAGUGCUUCCGUGGACAAGUCCUCAUCAAAACUGACCCAUGCUGAUGGAGAACAAACGUCAAUCAUCCCUGUCCAUCAGGUCAUUGAUAAGGUCAAGGGGUAUUGCAGUGCUCAUUCAGAUAACUUCUAUAAAAAUAUUAUCAUGUCAGACACCUUCAGCCACAGCACCAAGUUUUAAAGGCUUUCACACGAGAAGGAGGAGUCAGUCUGCAGAAACAUGAUCUGCAAGCAGUGAAAACUCUGACUAGCAGGUGGAAAUAUGCCAUCGCCUAGGUAACUGCAUAUAUAUGAGGGAUGUACUUGGUUAAAAAGGCUUUUGUGAAGUUCAGAAUUUGCCUUUGCAGUGUAUUUCUUCCAUGGAGAAGUUCCUAUCAUCACUAAAACUUCAGUACUGACAGCCACGUGACUCAGUAGCCACAGGAUAUAUGGAUUUUUAAAAUGCAUAAUUGGAUUUGACUAAUCAGAGCUCAGGAGGAGACAUUAAAGUUAGAGGACAAGGGACUGAGCUAGGGACAAACCGUAAGUUAGAGCUCAUCCAUGCCCCACCUAGUAGUCGGGUUUGGAUGUGGCCAUUUGCUUCAUCAAAAUCUUUCUCAACAAUCGAAAGCAUAUCAGUAUUUCUAACUCUUUUGGUUGCCCACAAAUCCCAUCUCAGCGCUAGUUUCUGGGAAUGCAGGAGCACAUUUCCUCUUUCUCAAUGAAAUUUCUACCAUAGAUACAAAAGAAAUCUAACCUAAAGAUUGAAUAGGAAUUUUUUUCUCAUACCAAAUGUUUAACCUUCAGGAAUACAACAUACCUAAGAAAGAAAGAAUUUCCCCGAAUUUUGGCCUAGUUAAUACGAGGCCAUGUAAAUUUAUGCUAUUUCACGUAUCCUAUUCAAGACACAAACCUUAAAUAUCAUCAUUAAUUAUCAUGAAUCCUACACAUGUGUAUCAAGUUUAGUGUGGACCUCCCAGCAGGUGUUAAAGAAUGAAAUCUCUCACCUCCGCUUUGCUCUUCUACUGUAUGCUGAGCUCACGGGCUCAGGGGAAGAAUGAGAAUCUCCACUGGGCACAAUGUGUGUAGUAGUCUCUCCCUUUUAGGGAAUACAGCCAUUGAGACUGUCCGGUUUUGCCCCUGCUCUGUAGACUUCAAGGCGUUUGCAAGUGCACAAAUGAAAAGCCUGUCACUUCCCCUUUUAAGAGUUUUGUUCCAAGGAAUAUAAACAGACAAGUGGGUGACUUAUCAUAAUCAAAAUAAUUUAUAAACAUGUGGGUCUACAAUUGCUAGUCUAAAACUAUCUGUACGUAAGUCCUCUGAUCAUAAGAGCCAGAGGAGGUCUGGCAAGAUAGAUGGUGUGUUAUUUAUGGGUUAGAUUUCUGCAUACAAGCCAUGUAUAAUAUCGCGCAGCUUACCUAACUUUCAAAUUCUCCUGAGUCAUGUGCUUGCUAGUGAAUGUUUAGGAGAACAAAUUUUAAUUGUUCCUAAAUGAUGAAUUUGUAUCUGGUUUCUCGGUACAUGCUGUACCCUCACAUUUGCUCUGGAUUAUCUGGGGAGUACCAGAUUCUGGGGGUGGCAGCCUAAGUGUUGGGAAGAUGAGCCAUUCUGGAGCCAGUCUGUGGAAAGGCAGCCGCCACAACCUAGCACCUGGGGGCCUUUCCCUCUGUGCAGAGAGCAGGUAGCUCCCAGUCUGAGAUACAGAAGAACAUUCAGGCUGUGCAGCUGCCAAGGGGCCUCUCGCCUUUUGGUCAUAUUCAACCAUGAAUCUAUUUGCCCAUCUUGAAUGGAUGAUACGGUCGUGUGGUGGUGGACUUCAUCACUGUUCCAUUUUGCAGCAGCGUGGAGCCCUGUCCUGGGUGGCAGGAGCACUGCCCAGCCAUCACAGGGAAGGGGUGCGUAUAGGAGGGAAGGAUAGAAAAUCCUAAAACCACUCAGAUUCACUACCGUGGAGCCAGAUUCUUUUCUGCAGCCAUGUAUUAACAGGCUGCUUACUCUGGCAGAGGUUCCAUAGAGAUGAAAAUUAAUCUUCAGUAGUCACUGAAUCAUCGUAUACUUUCCCCAAGCCUUAGAAAGCCAUGAUAGCGUUUAAUUAGCUUUCUCCUGUGAAAUUUCUACCUAAAGUGCUUACCAAGUUAACAGUGGUUAAGAGAUAUCUACAAAAUGACUUUGAUUUCUGCACACAUUUAUCCAGAUCUAGGAAAACCCUUCCUUUUAAAAAUGUAUUUGACAACAAGGUCAGCUCCGCUUUAGAAAUGUCCAGUAGCCAGGUAAGGAGAAAGUGAAGUCACAGCUGAAGACAAACAGUUGCAAAUGGAUUCAAAGGCUGAGCCAAAUUCCACCCUCUGUUCUAAGCAUACAGUUCUCACCUUCAUUUCACCCCCUCCGAACAAAACUUCAGGAAUGUAGCUGUGGGGCCAAAACGUAGUUUAGCCUGACUUUGAAAAUAAUACCAAGUCACUGUCUUUUUUUUUCUUCUUUACCCUCUUUUUUUUAAACUACACUGUGUUAGAGUCUUCCUGGGGAUACCCCACCCGCCAUAGUCACCAGUCCUUGUGCCGUAAAGCGUUUCUGUGUGUGCCACUGUCACAGACCCACCCUUCUGUACAUAUUUAUUUAUUUGUGUUUAUAAAUGUCAGCGUGUUGUCUAUCUUAGCUUUGUAUCACCUGGCUUUGUUAUUUCAAUUAACUUUCUACUGCAGAGACUGUAUAUAUAUAUAUAUAUAUGUUUUUCUAAAUACUUUGUGAAAUAGAUUUCUGUAGCAGUAUCUUUGCAUAUGAUGAAUAGAAGUGACUGUGAGUACAUUUGGGAUUAGUAAGAAGCUACUAAUGGCAGAUUUGCCAUUGUAGUCCCAUGGAAAUGUUUUUCAAAUAAAGACUUAUGUUGUUUGUGUUCCAAA